AUAUAAGAGGGCCGCACUAAGAGGCGACGAGGCGUUCUUGCGUCAAAGAUGAAGGUCUACAUUUUGGCUACGGGGCUGCUGUUGCUCUUUGUUUCCCAGUCUUCAGCUUCCAGCUUCAACAUUUGCCAUGACGCGGAUGCCGGAAUCAAUGCCUUCUUCAGCUGUGUACGACGCGUGGGAACAUUGAAGUUGAAGGAAGCUCUCGACAGAAUCGAAAGCGCGAUUCAUUGCGACAACGAUGUUUGUCUCGUCCACUCCUUGUGUGCUAAUGGCGACCUGGUAACGGAGCUACGAAAACAAAUGCUUGAGCCAGAAGUGGACGAACUGGUUGGUUUGCAACAACGGUGUGGAAUAAACAACUUCUAAUAGCGCAUUGUUCCAAACCAGAAGCGGAAGGAAAGACCCUUGGCCUUCUGAGUUCUGAGCUGUUCUCGCUUGCAAUGAAUGAAUAAGAAUACGCGAUCCCCAUGCACUGAGUCUAUAUUCAAAGUUCAUAGAUAACGGCAGUACACAUUACAUGUAGGGAUGAUUCAUAGUUGCACUUCUCAGUCGCGGAUAGUCAGUGUUAUGAAGUGUUUCCAGAUCAUCAAGGCCCGAAUUCACGACAACUAAGUAGGCCAGAAUUAGUCGUAAGGUAAAAUUUUAGCCAAUCCUGUAG